AUGAAGUACAUCCUCGCUAUCUCGGCUUUGGCUAUGACUGCCAUCGCUAUGCCCACUGUCGAGGGCGGCAAGAAGUCCGACGAUAGUGACAAGACCGUCUGUGAGAGCCACCAGACUGUCGUCUGCAGUGAUAACGGAAACGGUGGUUUGCUGUCUCUGGGCAACCUGCUUUCCGGCCUUCUGGGCGAGAGCUGCUCUGGUGGUGAUGUUUACUGCUGCUCCAGCGAGGACGUUGCUCAGUCCGGCCUGAUCAGCUUGAACCUCGACCUCUCCUGCAGCUUGAACCACCUGCUGUAA